CUGAUGAUGGAAGAAAAGGCAACCAGGCAACCCAGUGCUCUAGUCUCCCUGCACCAUGGAUGGCCAGCCAUCUGACCCUUCACCCUUGGUGCCUCUUGGCAACAUGUCAACAGACUCUAGCAUGUCCCUGGAGCAGAAGACAACCUUCGUUUUUGUGGUUUUAUUGUUUAUUUUCUUGGGCAUCCUCAUCGUCAGGUGCUUCCGGAUUCUGCUGGACCCGUAUCGGAGCAUGCCAACCUCUACCUGGGCUGAUGGCCUUGAAGGCCUGGAGAAAGGGCAGUUCGACCAUGCUCUGGCUUAGCCAGGGGGAAGCAGGGCCUCCUCCUUAGGAGGCAGACAGCUGCAUGGGGUGAUAAUGAGUCACUUUAACCAAUGGUCUGAACAAAUCAAACUCUAACACUGUCUGGUCCGGGACUCACACUCCAUUAAGCUAUAAUCAUACAGCAGGAUUAAAGGCAUUUGAGGAAGUUGGAAAUGCAGGUUUCUGCUGCUAAUCCCAAACGGGAACUUUUACAUUUCUGUGUAUACUCAAGCACUGAGGAUGUAUGAUCAUGACGCCCAGGACACAAAACGAUGCACUCCGUAAUCCGACCAGAGAAGAAGAGUGGGAAGGAACCGAUCUGAAGCUGGAGACAGGACCAGAAGAGACUGACUUGUUCUAGCCAUAUCUCCUCUUGAUUGAUUUCCCCGGCCUCUGGCCGAGAGCGGAAGAAGCUUUCGAGGAGACCCCAGCAUGUUCCAGAGCAGCAACUUGGAGAGCAGUGGGGAAGACUGAGAAGUGAUGUCUCUGUUGUUGGUAGAAUAUGGGAAUGAGGGGAAUAGCUUAUUUUCACAUAAAAACUGAAUUUAAAAGCUGUAGGAUUUUAGAAACUAUUUACCAAGCCAAGUACAUUCUCCGUAUACACAUUAGUGACCUGUGUAGAGAUAACUAUACAUAACUUGAAUUUCCUUUAUUUAUGCAAAUGAUUGAAAAAUAGAUUGUGUUGCUACAGUUUUUAACUAAAGAUUGUUUAGAGGAAAAGACUUUUAUAGUCUCGAGAGGAAUGUAUGUUUAUGACUGUGUAGAUUCACUAAAUAAAACUUUUCAGAAACAC